GCAAUAUACUUAAGAACUUACUAAUGCUUCUUCUUCCUCCUCCUUUAACUAAAGCAUCGUCGUCUUCCUCUUCUAACCCAAAUCCCGGUUUAUGGUUUAUGUUUCGUGUUUUGUCCCACGGAAUAAAAGACUUUCUCAUCUUCCGCCGACUUCAGCCGGGAUGAAUACUUAUCUCUACUUUGCAUGUGUGUGGCUAUUAUUAUGGAAUGAUUAUGAGGCAUCUCUUACCUCAUUUUCUGCUCUAAGUCGCCCAUUAUUUGGUUUUAUACACUUGGAUGGUCCAAGUAACAAGAAAAUGCAGGGUAGGAGGACAUGAGGAGGAGAAGGGUACAUUAAAAAGCUCUAAAAAUGAUCGAUAAGCCACGAAUCUAGACUAGGAAAAAGUUACAUGCGAUAUGCUCUACAAUUUUGAGAGUGCCCUUGGGAACGGGAAUAUUCAAAUAACGUUUCACAAAUGUGUUACAAAAGAAGAUUGUCGAUCAAAAUUUUGAAAUUUUUAAGGUUCUUUCGAAGCUGUCAAUCAAGGGACAUUUUAGUCAACCGAUUAUUUAUUUGGGGAGAACACUCGUUAAAGAAAAUCUCAAAGUCAAGAUGAGUAUGGCAUUUUGGAAAGCUUCUUCGCUCUACUGCAUCGUUCCGAGCGUGGGACUCAUGAGCUUUUUAGUCCUGAAAGAACAUUUCGCUCAUCACGCGUGCAAGGAACGAGAACCGUUCGUGAAGUACGAGUACCUGCGAAUUCGAAACAAGCGAUACCCCUGGGGUGACGGGACUAAAACAUUGUUCCACAACCCUGCAGUAAACCCAUUGCCAGACGGAUAUGAAGACGAGCUUUGAACCCGAGUGACCCAAAUUCUCACCUUCUCGGAACAUUACAAGCCUCAUAUUUCUCCACCAGCACUACUUUAUUCUUGUCAAAAUUAUUCCAAAACUUUUCCACAUCCGCGUGAUGUAUGUACAUUCAGCACAAAAUUGUUAUUUAAUAUAUUUCCGUACGUAUGUAUGACAAGGUUUGUGGGUUCAUGAAUCUCAACUUUCUCCUUUAUAUUAAGAAAGCGCUUUCACUUCUCAAUAAAAAGCCAGUUUACUUAAGUGAA